AUGAUUUCAUCUCUGUUUGAAAAGCUUGCUGGACAAAUAAGAGCAGCUCGAACUACAUUAUGGUCAGUUUAUCAGUUACGCAACUGUGAAAUAGACGAUAUCUCAAACCAAUUAAUUAGUCGAAUGGUUACAUUCGUCUUACAAAAUCUAUUAAAAACAGAAACAAAUAAUAGAAACAGACUAAUCCAGUUUAACAAACUAUCAGAUCCAACUUCUAGUAUUUUAUCAAAAAAUACCAUUGACUGUAUCCAAAACACCUACAGACAACAGAAUACUGGUAAAUGGUUUAUGUAUAAACCAUUUAGUAGCAGUUCAUGUAAUCAACCUGUUAUUUGGUCAGGAACACCUAUUCCAUUCUCCCAACAACCUACACUUCAAAGCAACUCUCAGAAUCGAGAUGAAGACACUUCUAGUCAGGGUUGUGUACAUGGUUUAACCACUAAUCAUCAGAUGGGAUCAUUGUAUACACAUUCAACACUUAUAUUUCCUCAUACUACUCCUCUUUCAGUACAACCAGCUUUGUUAAUGACGUCAUCAUUUCUUCCUAGUAGUUCAUCUCAUCAUUACUAUCAUCCUCCUAUUGAAUCAUGUAAUCAUGGUCUGUUGUCUAAUGCUUUUUAUGGGAACUCAAAAUAA